AUGCCAGCUCCAUUCGAAACCGGUAACGAAGCCAAGGGUGCCACCUUAUUUAAGACUAGAUGUUUGCAAUGUCACACUGUUGAAGCUGGUGGACCACACAAGGUUGGUCCUAACUUGCACGGUGUUUUCGGUAGAAAGUCCGGUGAAGCUGCUGGUUUCUCUUACACCGACGCUAACAAAAAGAAGGGUGUUAUUUGGUCUGAACAAACCAUGAGUGACUACUUGGAAAAUCCAAAGAAGUACAUUCCUGGUACCAAGAUGGCCUUCGGUGGUUUGAAGAAGCCAAAGGACAGAAACGAUUUGGUCACUUAUUUGGCUAAGGCUACUAAAUAA